GGGCCUAGGGCGCGAGUUCGGGAUGGCGGCAGAGUGACGGGCGGAGAUGGCGGCGGACGGAGGAAUGGACGGAGGGAGGGAUGGAGGAGUGCGCAGGCUGCACGUGUUCGUGUUUCCCGCAGAGCUGGUGUUUUACUCCGAGGACAGCAGGUCUCAGCGCAGAGUGCUCACCCUGUACAACCCCUACGGCUGCACCCUCACAUACAAGGUGUGGUGUACCGCCCCCUCUCUGUACUCGGUGACCGAGGCUGAGGGCAGUGUCAGGUCUCGCUCCUGUGUUGAUAUUGUGGUGAGGCAGAGGGACGUGAGCCGGCGGCUGUGGGGCCAGAGGAGCCGCUUCAGGCUGGACAUCUGGGGGCCCGGGGGGCAGAGGGGCAGCAGGGAGGUGGGGGCAGAGCUGAGGGAGGGGCAGGAGAGCUUUAGGGGAGCCAACUUACCCCCACCAACACCACUACCACCCUCCAACACCGCACGGGUCUUCUACUGCCCCACCACAGGUGGGAGUGUGACCCAGUCGGUGGUGUUGGUGUUGGUGAGUGUGGUGUGUGUGGUGGUGUUAAUGCUCCCUCUGCACACUGAGCCCUCCACCCUGCUACCACCUCACACACACGUCACCCUCACACACAAGCUGGUGUGCGCAUACACACUCGGAUUACUCACUGUGGUGUUCCUCCGGUAGCAGGAGGAGGAGGAGGAGUUAAGGGCUAGGGUACAGGGGCUAGGGAUUAGGAGUACAGGGGCUAGGGAUGAGGGGCUAGGCACUAGGG